AUUAGCAAUACUAGGAAAAUACAAUUUUGUUUGUCAUAUAUAUAAUUUUUUAAAGCUACUCGAUUGUUUUUUACUCGUUUAAAUUAGUCUAUAUUUUAAACCAGUAACCUAAGUAUUUUCUGAAUUUUAUCGUCUAUUUUUCUUUAAUCUUUGAUAGUAUUAAAAAAUUAUCGUCAAUGAUUCCUUUAAAACAGAUAUUUGAAUAUGAUUGGAAAACAACGAUAUUUUUUAAAAUCUAUCAAAAAAUACAUUUCACGCCGCUUUUACAGAAAUAUUUCAAAUAUGCCAGUUGAUGAUAAAAAAUCAAAAUAUGCAAAAGAUAAAAUAAAGGAGAUAAAAUCAAAAAAGGAAUCUAAUGUUAACAAUAAACCUCAGUUCAAAAAUUACAAUUGCUUUCUGCCAGAUUAUGAAGGUGACAUAAAAGUUUGUAUGAUUGGGGGAGGCGAGUCAUUGAUAUACGCUGCCGUUCUUUUAAAACAAUUUCGUCUUAUAAAACGAAUACAUGUGGUGGACGCAAAUGAUUCAUUGGCUAAUGCAAUUUUAGAUAUUAGUCACAUUGAUACAUCGUCUCGUAUAAAACAUUUUAAAAGAAAACAUUUAAAAGAAGCUCUUAAAGAAAUAAAUAUUAUUGCAUUGAUGGAUGAAACAAAUCCCAAUAUUGAGUUAAACCCUACAGCACAAUUUAAAGCUGCAUCGUCAUACGUAAGCGAGAUGGCUGAACAAAUGGCACAAUUGAGUUCAGAAUCUUUGGUAGCCGUUUUUACUCGACCAGUAACGGCUACACUGCCCAUGGUAUCAGAAAUUUACAAACUUGCUGGAUGGUGGGAUCCGGACAGAAUUAUUGGUUCCAUUGCAUGUGAUCGCAUGCGAAUGGAGGCAUUAACCGCAAAUCUACUAGAUUUAAAUCCUGCAUUCUUAUCAGUUCCUAUGGUUGGCGGAGCAGAUUUGAACACUAUUGUUCCCCUUUUAUCUUGUGCUUCUCCGAUAAAUCAGUUUACUAAUGUGCAACAGGAAAUGUUGUUACGAUCAUUACGUAGCGCAGAUAGAAAAAUGAAAAAUAUUGAAUUCAAAGGUUCAGUGCUAUCUGAUGGAGCAGCAGCUGCCAAAUUAAUCCUCGCGCUUGCCGAAGGACUUAGCGGCUAUAAGAAUGUUAUUUCUUCUGUUUAUGCACGAUCAAACGUUUUGCCGGGAUGUCGAUACUUCACUACCGAAUUGCAAUUCGGUCAAGGCGGUAUACAAAAAAAUUUUGGACUACCUAAAAUGUCAGCUACGGAGGUAGUACUUUUGGAACAAGCAAUUCCUUCUAUUAAUAAAUAUAUUGCAAUGGGGUUGAAAGCAAUUCACACUAAUAGAUAUAUCACACUGAAAAUUGUAUAAAUUGAGUUCUUUCAUUGAGUGACUUCAUACCUUUUAA